AUAUAUGAAAUAUAUACAUUUGUCAAGCAAAUAUUAUUCUAAGUUGGGCUGUUCUCUCCAUCACAACUAAAUAAACCCGCUCCAAAAUUUAUUUUUUCAGUUUCGAAUUUCUGAGAAUAUCAAAUUAUAUACCAAAAAAAUUAAGUUAUGGACUAUAGCGGCGUUGAAGUACCCGGCAUAUUAUCUCCAGAUGAAAACAUCGAACAUUUUGCUAAACUCUAUGGUAAUGACAGUCUUGGAAUGAUGUUAAUGGCUUCCACAAUCGGCAAUUCAGGCGAUCUGCCAGGUAAGCCGCGAUUUAAUGAAAGUGAUACUUCCGAAUACCUUCCAAGCACGAAACGCCCGACUUAUGACGAUCAAAGUUUUCAGACGAGUUUCCGAAAUGGUUUACAGACCUCCUGCGAAUCUAGGACCAUGAGACAUGGUAAGCAUUAUAAUCCGCCGCCAGCAAUGGAGGCCCAUUACCCCAGAUAUUCACAUCACAAAAAGUGUUUCGAAUUUCUCGGGGCUUCCCAGGCCUCAAGAUCCAUAAGACAUAGGGGCUAUGGUGACCAUUAUUGUCUGCCGACAGCAAUGGAGCACCGUAACCCCAGAUCCUCACAACAGCAAAACGGUUUCGCACCACCUAGUACUUCCCUAGGCUCAAGGUCCAUGAGACAUGGGAGUUUUGGUGACCAUUAUCAUCGGCAGCAAGAAAGACAGUUUCCACCACUACCGAGAUAUGCAUGGCUUUAAAAAAAGAGAAGAUUUAUUCGCCCCAUCUUCUGAUGCAUUGACUUAGCUACUAUUAGCAUACUUUUUGUAAAUAUCGAGUUGGUUCGUAAUGGUUUGUAAAUGCAACCGUGCUGACUCCCAAAAUUAUGAAUAAAUUGUUCUUUUCCGUUAUUA